AUGUACAGACAACGACUAUCAAUUGCACGACCAAUAGAUGUCUGCAAGUGUACUCAUCACUACGACGUCAAUCACAACAAUCUAACAAUCUUCCAUCGAUGUGAUCACAAUGAUCUAGUGUAUGUCAAUCAAUCAAUUAGCAACAAUGAUCGACGACAGUCUUAUACAUUACAAUCACGUGGAGACAAUGGGGAUGACAAUCGCAUCAUCUUUAACUACCCACCAUCUUCUAUAUCAAUCCCAUCACACCUUUAUAUCAAGAGUGUACUAUUCACCAACCAGUACAACCUCCCAAUUGAGCCUGGCGAUCUCCCUCACACCAUAACAUACCUUGAGCUCAGUCCUACCUUUAACCAGCCACUACAGCCUGGCGCCAUCCCUCCCAGCACCACCUAUCUCAAGUUUGGGCCGCACUCUGAGUACGAUCAACCAUUUGUGUCUGGCGCACUACCAAUGUCAUUGAGGACACUUGAGUUGGGGCGCUGCUACAAUCAACAGAUCAAUCCUGGCGCGCUCCCCUCUUCACUGACGAGUCUCAAGACUGGUGGCUUCAAUCAACCACUCAUCAUUGGUGCACUACCCUCAUCACUGAUCGAUAUCGAGCUGGUGCACUACAACCAACCCAUUGGACACGGCGUGCUUCCAGACUCACUGACAAGCAUGCAAAUUAGGCGAGGGUUCUGUUCUGUGAUUGAACCUGGUAUGCUUCCACAACGACUCACUACACUGGACUACCAUAACUACGAGAGUGAGCCACUGUGCCCAGGCUGGCUGCCUGAUUCAUUGACCAGGCUCACGCUCCACGCCUUUGAGCAGGAGUUGACACAAGGAAUACUCUCAAAGAAUCUACAAUACUUGACAAUGGGCAUGUUCUUCAAUCUACCUUUGGCCAAGGGAUCGUUGCCAGACUCGUUGUUAUCGCUUAAACUAGGUCGGAUGUUCAAUCAAUCCCUGGAUGGCUCGGUGUUACCACGAUCACUCACUCAUCUGCACUUUGAGUGCAAUUACUCGCAACGAUUGACUGCCGACAUGUUGCCGUCCACACUAACAUCACUAAGUUAUGUGAGUGAUGUGCUGGCCAACUGUGCGCCAGACACCUUCCAUCACUGUCGCAUACAGCACAUCAACAUAUCCAAGUACUUCACGAGAUUCCAACGCACAUUGCCACACAUCAGUCAGUUCAACGAACAUCUUCGAACUCUUACAGUGGAGUAUGAUCCAAUUAGUCCAUCAUCAUUGAUGCUCAAGCUAUUCAUUGAUACAGGCAUACUGGAGCUCACUCUAAAGCAUACAAAGAGCAUGGUUCGCCGGAUAGACCCAGAACACAUGCUUGUAGUGGACAACAACUCAAGGAUGUUCAUUUACUCGUUGUCUUCAUCUUCCACAUCAUCAUCAUCCUCUGGUCGUUACAAAGGAUGCUCAUUGAAUUAA